ACUCAAGUAGGACAUCAGGUAAAACUACUAAACUACCACCAACAGAGGCUAACACAGAGACAAGACCUACAAAAAAGUCCAAAACAGUAGAACCAGUUGAAACUGAUACUCACCCAGUUAACUCUAUCUCUGUUGACAACUAA